GGUUAUUUGGAACGCGAAGGAGCAAACGCAAGCUCGGACGCAGGAAGCAGCGCCACCCGCAAUGUCUCAGCUCAUCAAGAGGCAAAGCUCGCAAGCCCAAGCCGAGCCGCCCGCUUUGGAGCCACGCCAGGCCCAGGCCCGCAUCGCAACGCUCGCGCGAGCCAACAUCCGCAUCCAUUUCAUCGACCAGCACCCACCGGAGGGGACGGAGCAAAAGGGAGUCAUGCUGCUCAUCCACGGCUUCCCGCAGACGAGCUACCAGUUCCGGCACGUGACGGGCCCUCUGGCGGCGGCGGGGUACCGGAGCAUCGCGGCCGACUAUCGCGGGGCGGGGCGGUCGUCGCACCCGCACGGCGACUUCACAAAGGUGACCAUGGCGGCGGACCUGGCGGAGCUGGUGCACGAGCACCUCGGCGUCACCGAGCGCGUGCACGUCGUCGGGCACGACAUUGGCGCCAUGGUGGCGCACGCCUAUGCGGCGCGGCUGCCGGGCCGGGUGCAGAGCGUGGCGCUGGGCGAGUGUCCGCUGCCAGGCACGGCGGCCUACGAGCGCGACAAGCGCAUGCCCGCCCAGUUCCACUUCGUCUUCCACUCGGUGGGCGACCUUCCCGAGGCGCUGACGGCGGGUCGCGAGCGCAUCUACCUCCGCCAUUUCUUCGACAAGCUGGCCUACAACGCCCUCGCCAUCCCCGACACAGCCCUCGACCACUACGCCCGCGACUACGAGCAGCCCGGCGCCAUGCGCUGCGCUUUCGGCCUCUACCGCUACUUUGAGGCCGACGCCCACGACAACGCCGACUGCCGCCGCCGCAACGGCAAGUGCAGGGUCCCCGCCCUGGCCCUGAGCGGCGAGUUCAGCCGCCAUGCCGCAGACGCCCAGGACAUGCUGCGCGAGAUGUACGAGAGCGUCGACGUCGCCGAGGUCCGCGCCUCGGGCCACUACGUCGCCGAGGAGAACCCGGCCGACUUUGUCGACAAGCUUUUGGCUUUUGUGCGCCGCAAUUCUUGGUGAGGGGGGUUUGGUGUUGGUGUUGGUGUUGAAAGAGAUUAUUGCCGGGAGCUAGGAGUAGGAGCAAGGGAAUUGUUAUUGGCUGCAACCAGCGCGUCGUUGUGAGGGACGUCUAGACCAAGCGUGCCAAGGCUCCUCCGAACCCCCCCCCCCGGAAACCUUUACUAUUCGUACUAGACGGGCGGGUCAAGCUUGACCCCUUGGAAAAGGCUAAACCCCAACUAAAUAAAGCUCGCUUCAAGCCAUCAUGAAGAGGAUCAAUAGACUGCAAUGGC